ACAAUUGUCCUUCCUCACCGAAUCCGCCAUUAUACCUCAGUGCUAGUAGCUCAUUCAUUUUCCUAAAUAAGCUGCUCAGUUGCCAGUAGAGAAAACAGUGGUCGUUCUCAGAGUUGAUUUUUUUCAGGGAUAGCACGCGCGGUGAAGUUUCAAAAUGGACUCGAUGGCCUGUAGGCCUCUCAUUCUAGCCCUCGCACUCACAAUCGCUCUAAUCAGUCAAGCGUCAGGCCGGCAACUCAACGACGAGCUUCCGCUGCCCGACGCGUGUGCUCUCCUGCCCGAACACUCCGCGCUAUGUUCCGCGGAGGUCCGCUCCGCGCGGCGCUCGUUGCGCGCGGAUUCCGCUCCGCCAACUCCCCGCGCCAUGCAGCGGGCGCUGCUUCGGCGCGCGAUGGAGCGCGCGCAGGCGACAAUUGAGCACGUGGCGCAGCUCAAGGUGGAAAACGUGGGCGAAUACUCGCUGUCAGACGCGGCCGCUGUUGAUUGCACCCACCAGAUAUCUAUGGCACUCGACAAUCUUGAGGACUCACUGGACGCCAUCACCACCGCAAUCAACGGCUCAGAUGACACGGCGGCAAGUCGGCGUUCUGACGGCCGUCCGAUGUUCCCGGCCGAUCUGACGGUUUCCGUCAACGACCUGCCGUACCUCUUGACGUCUGCUCGAGCCAACAUUGACGGCUGCGUGGAAGGGCUACAGGAAUUCGCGCCAGAUGCUUUAAACACCCCUCCAGGAAUUCGACUCCAGGCUGACGUCACCCUCAUUACAGUCACAGUCACGGCGGCGCACGCUUGCGGCUGUCCCGACAGUUAUGAUCCUUUUUUGGGGAACGUGGAGACUCCCGUCUCCGCUGGCGCAACCCAUUCCGCCAACAAUUCCGCCGACAAUUCCGCCGACGAUUACGCGGACGAUUACGCUUCUCUCCGCGCCCCUCGGCGGAGGAUAACGGAGAGCAGCCAAUCAGACAGCGCGCCUGGGUGGGUAACCGCGGGCCUUUUCGAGCAUCUGAAGCAGAUUCAGGCGCACAUGCGCGGGGAUGCGGGGGGGGCGGCGGAAUGGGGGGCCGCGCGGAGGCGUCUUGGCCUGGAUGAUGCGGAGUCACGGGGGAUGCGGAGACACAUGAUGCGCGACCACAGUGGCGACAGCGAAUAUGCUGAUAGCGGAGAUGGAGUUGAUCCGCACGGGGAUGACGACAACCUUCUUCGCAGGGCGCUUCAGUCAGGUUCGGGUUCGAGUAGCAGCGGGAAGAAGAGCAAGCGGAAAGGGGGCAAAGGCGGAAAGACUGGCGGAAAGACAGGCGGCAAAACCGGUGGCAAAACUGGCGGGAAAACGGGAGUGAAUCUCGGGGGCCUUUUGGAUACGGGCGAUUUUAAGGGCGAAUACAGCAGCCUGCUGCCGUCUCAGGUGGAUGCGGUCGUGGCUAAAGACGGAUCCGGCACGCACAAGACUCUCACGGCUGCACUUGGUGCAGCACCACUGAAGGGCACCUUCGUAAUUUUCAUCAAGAAAGGAGUGUACGACGAGCAGAUCCUCUUUGACAAUAAGGGGAUUGUCUUAAUCGGAGAAGGCAUCGGCAACACUAUCAUCACUGGCAAGAAGAGCGUAAAUGGCGGAUCCACCACAUACAACUCGGCUACCAUAGGGGCCAACAAGGGCAUGCUGACAGCCCUCGGAAUCACAGUGCGCAACACAGCAGGGCCAGCAGGGGAGCAGGCAGUGGCCCUGCGCUCCAAGGACCUAUCUGCCUUCUUCGAGUGCGAGUUUGACGGCAGCCAGGACACGCUCUACCCGCACAGCGGCCGCCAGUACUUCCGCGACUGCCGCGUCGGCGGCACCGUUGAUUUCAUCUUCGGCAAAUCCGCGGCCGUUUUCGACCGUCCGAUCAUCCAGCUGCAUCCGGACGAUCCAGUGAUCAUCACGGCCCCGCAGAACGACCCUAAGUACCCGGAUCCCAAGGGGAUCAUCAUUAGGAAUGCGGUGAUCAGCUCCGAUGCAGGGGUGGGGAAGGCGUACCUGGGACGUCCGUGGACCAACACGGGGACUUCCAUUUUCAUCAGCUGCUUCCUGCCUAUGGAGAUUCAACCCGACGGCUGGCUGAACUGGGACGCCAACACCGUCGGCCAAGCCCGCAAGAACGGCGUGUUUUUCGCUGAGUACCAAAGCACGGGGCCUGGCGCUAAGAUGCCACGUGUCAGCUGGGCGCAGCCUCAGACGAUCCGCAACCCCGCGAAAUACACGGCAGAGGCUUUCCUUGGCUGGACGAGCUCGGGAUGGGCUGGUUUGGCGGCGGAGAAUGACAGUAACAGCGGGAAGUGAUGCAGCUUAUAGCGAAGUACAAAGCCUCGGACGGCUAGCGAUUCGCCAACACGCGCGAUUCACGGCGAAAUGGUUUCUCGGGUGGACGGGCUAGGGCUGGGUCGGAAUGCCGAAGGAGGACGAGGACGAGGACGAUACUAGCGGGACGUGGGCGGCGCGGCGGAACGUCUCACGCAACGGGACGUGGUGAUGGCGAAAAUAAAGAUCCAGCGACGACGGCGGAUGUUCUCGAAUAAGACGGCUUAGCUGAAAUAAAAACACGUAAUAAAGGCGUAUGGGGUUCAACGGCCUCGGUUGGACGACACGUACUAACCUUUCUCGGUCGCGACUCGUCAUAUUCUUGCAGCGAGGUACAACGCGCAUGCAACCGAGCCCUUCCCUGGGUCCUAGGCCCUGGUAUAAGAUUCUGGAAAUAGCCGUACAAUCAUUUUCUCGCGUGUGAUGACUCUCACCCACCUCCAGUGGUCUAAUAAAGAUUACGAGGACAU